CCCGGCGCUCCGGUGCCCCCGAGUGGUCCCCGCAGCUUCUCCCUUGGCGUCUCCCGGUCCCGGGGAUCGCCCCGCUCCCCAGGCCCUCUUCAACCCUUGCUCACACCGGGGCGGGCGCCGUUCCACCCUCUGACCCCGCGUUGCACAAUGCCGGAGCAAAGUCCCCGAGGGUGUGAACCGCAGUGUCCCUGCCCCUGGGCGGGGACGGGCGGCGGCAGUGCGGGGAGCCGAGGCAGCCAGCCUGCAGCCGGGUCGCAUGCCCCGAGCCCCGAGCCCCGAGCCCGCCGGCAGCCGCCGCCGCAGGCCUCCCCGCCGCCAGGCCCGCGCGCCGCUCCCCUCCCAAGCCCGCGCCGCCGCCGCCGCAGCCAUGGCGGAAGUUCAUAGACGUCAGCAUGCUCGGGUUAAAGGAGAAGCCCCCGCGAAAUCCUCCACACACAGAGAUGAGGAGGAGCUGGGGAUGGCGUCGGCCGAAACGCUGACCGUGUUCCUGAAGCUGCUGGCCGCCGGCUUUUACGGCGUGAGCUCCUUCCUGAUCGUGGUGGUCAACAAGAGCGUGCUCACCAAUUACAGAUUUCCCUCCUCACUAUGUGUUGGACUCGGCCAGAUGGUAGCCACAGUGGCAGUUCUCUGGGUGGGAAAGGCCCUCCGAGUGGUCAAAUUUCCUGACUUUGACAGAAAUGUACCUCGAAAGACGUUUCCACUACCUCUACUAUAUUUUGGGAACCAAAUCACGGGACUGUUCAGCACAAAGAAACUGAACUUGCCAAUGUUUACAGUUCUGAGAAGGUUCUCCAUCUUGUUUACAAUGAUUGCUGAAGGAGUUUUACUCAAGAAAAGUUUUUCUUGGGGUGUUAAAAUGACUGUAUUUGCAAUGAUUAUUGGAGCCUUUGUGGCUGCCAGCUCUGACUUGGCAUUUGAUCUGGAAGGAUAUGUUUUUAUUCUGAUAAACGAUGUCCUAACAGCAGCAAAUGGUGCAUAUGUAAAACAGAAAUUAGAUUCAAAAGAGCUGGGAAAAUAUGGUCUGCUGUAUUACAAUGCACUGUUCAUGAUUCUGCCCACUCUGGCCAUUGCAUAUUUCACAGGAGAUGCGCAAAAGGCAAUGGAGUUUGAAGGCUGGGCCGAUGCUCUGUUUCUUCUGCAGUUUGCCCUCUCCUGUGUGAUGGGGUUUAUCUUGAUGUACUCCAUAGUGCUCUGUACGCAGUAUAAUUCUGCUCUUACAACUACAAUAGUUGGCUGUAUUAAGAAUAUAUUAAUAACUUAUAUUGGAAUGGUCUUUGGUGGCGAUUAUAUUUUCACAUGGACAAACUUCAUUGGCUUAAAUAUAAGCAUUGCUGGGAGCCUGGUGUAUUCCUACAUCACUUUCACUGAAGAGCAGCUAAGCAAGCAAUCAGAAGCCAGCAGCAAGCUGGAUGUCAAGGGGAAAGGCGCAGUGUGACAUGAGGAUCGCUCAGCCACACAGGCGCAAGACUGGAUGAGCGCCGACACUGCAAUUCCCACACAAGAACUGAGAUGUCUUGAUAAAGGAGAAAGUAUUGUCCCUUUGCACUUGUACAAUCUGAGAUUGAUUGCUGCCUUUUAAAUUUUUAUGAGAGAAACUUAAAAUUGACUCUAUUUUAAAUAUGUUGUUUGACUUAAUUUAUAUCAUACUAGAAAAUAUACUGGGCUUUUUAAUUUAUUUUUCUUCUGACAGUGAAACAUCAGUGUUUUGAAAGUAUUUUAUUUCAUACUUUGAUAUCCAGGUGUCCCUGAGGGCUGCAUAUUUUUAUGUGCUCCAGUUGGAGCCUCCUCAUUGAGAUCGUUGCUGCAUCUGGAGACAUAGCCUUUCUUCUGCUGAAAAUGAAGCCACAUUUAUGAAAUUUCUCUUCUCUGAACUUCAUUUCUUAUGGCUUCUUUGUCAUCAUGACAUCAUCACUGUGGCUGCCAAAGGCAACAGCUUCAGCACUGAGAAAAAAAAAAGUGGGCUUUAGAGUGUAUUGCUAUGCAUGUUGGCUUCCCUGGGAACCCAAGGGACAGAGUGCAUUCCUGGAAAACGUGUUAUUCCCUUUUUGCUGUGCAUUAGUGGAGGAAGUAGGCCUUUCGCUCAGUUUUUAUUUAUCUGACUUAUUAGUGCAUUAUGUAUGUGCUAGGCAUUGUGCUAAGUAUAAGUAGUAGGGUUACAGGAUGUCUUGCAAGGUGGCUACAGGAUGUCACUGCUGCCAUUGUGGCCAUAGGUAAGACAAGGUUCGCUCUGUCAGUCCCUGCAGGAGACCUUGUGACCAGAAAUAGGUUGUGUCUUAUUGCCUGUCUUUUACCAAUGAGAAAAUAAGCCUCAGAGAAAAUUAUGUGUCAGUUAUGUGUCAAAAAGUUAGAACCCACGUACUUGCCACUGAACCAUGCUGUUGUUUGUUUAACUGCCCUUCCCUUCACAAGGGGUCAGGAAGCUUUACAGGCCAGGGUGACAGAAAGGUCCUCCUCUCUCCUGAAGCGUUCAGCCCCCUUGCAGACUGACCUCGUUUGAUUUGCAUUUCUGUCUGUGUUGCUUGCCGCUGCCCGAUCUUUGCCUAGGUGCGGUGAAAGUGCGCAGUGAGAGCUAGUUUUAACCAUUCUGAUCCUCUGUCACAUGCACAAGGGAGGGAGCUUUGACAUUAGAAAUAACUUUUGCUGUAGAAUCCUCCCUGUCUUAACCCGCAAGGCCUGUGGAUCUGUGUAAGAGGCGUUGGUGAAGAGCCCAUCCAGGCUUUUAGCAGUUGAGUUCCCUUGGAGAUCUGCCACGGCCCCAGGUUUAUUUGAGAAAAUCCCGACAAAUACAGCUUCAUGAAAUGUAGGUGACAGGUGUAUACACCUCAAGGACGUUGGCCUGGUCUGACCUUUCCGAGCCAGAUAGCAACUUGUAGCCUCUGCCCUGUACAUAUUCUGAUUCUUGGGUUCUUCCUUCAGCUACCACCAACAUCCUAAGAUAAGGGAGUACAGCCUAGCCAAGUUGCAGAUUGUUAAGUAGAUUGGCCAACUAUUUCUAGAAUUUAUAUUUCCAAUUAUUUGCAGGCCUGCAAAUAAUUACUAUACUACUAGGUAUUCUGAAGCCUACUAGAAUAUCUAAAUUUUGCCCCAAUGUUGGUAUCUUGGCAAAAAUUCUUUGAUCUUUCAACUAUAUCUCCUUGGAGAAAAAAAGAGGUAGACUAGAGUUAAAUGCUUAAUUUUCCCAUGAGACAGAUGAGCUAUGUGGGAACUCUAAAAGCCAAAUUUUGUGAGUACUGGCUCUUCCUCUUUGAAUUAAUGAAACUUAAGUCUCCAUUGGCCAGUCUUCUUUUGGUGAUGCCAGACAGAUUAAAAUAACCCUUGCUGGAUAGACUGUAUGUUGCCAGCUUGUCACAUGAGUUUUAGUUGCCCUUGCGGCUGUUGGCUUUGGGAAUCCAUCAUUUCUAGGCUUCUGCUUGCAGUGUGCGUGAGCACAUUUUCUGUGAGCCUGUUGUUUCAGGAACCAGGGGAAGGUUUGGAAAGAAUGAUGGUUUCUUCCCAUUGGAUCAGUCUGGCAUGGUACCUAGGGCUUGGGCCUGCCUCUGCUUUCAUUCCUACAGCCUCAUUCAGUGUGCAGAGCUUUAAUGAGCAGCUGUUGUAUGCAUGCCAGGCAUUUUGCUAAGCUUGGGGAAACAGAUGAAUUGGCAUCAUCCUUAUGCUCAAGUGCCAUGUAGUUCUCUGGCCAGGGGUGGUGGCCUGGGUCCUAAAGGACAGAAAGGAGGCACAGGAAAGGUGAUGUGUAAGAGCUGCCAGUGUCCUGGUAUCACUGAUUCUCAUGGUGCCUCAAGCACAGAGGGAAUGUAGAUAUAAAAACAAAAUAACUUUGUUUUUAACGGAAAUGCAAAUAUACAGAGAGAAGGAGGUAAAGAU